AUGCUCCAAAGAGUUGGCGUGGUUGCGCUGUGCGCCAUUGUGCUGGCGACAGCACAGACUGGCGUGCAAGCUGCUCCAACACCGACGACAUCGAGCCCAUGCACUCCCUCAUCAUGCAUCAUCGAAUGGCAAACAAACGGCGACGGCGUCACUCAGUACCAGCUCAUGCUGCAGGACGACAGCGGGACCUUCCAGGGAGUGGGGUCCCCGAGCACAGACUCUUUCAUCCGCAUCGACCCACUCAUGUCGCUUGCAGGGUGCACAAACCUCACCGCCCGCAUUGAGAUCACACUCAACUCGGAUUCGGAACAAGGGAACGUGACCAUCAUCCCAGUGGAGGCCACAGGACCGCCUCCAUCACCCGAGCCGCCUGUUGUCAGUGUGCUGAGCUCGGACCGCAUCAACGUGUCGUUUUCGCUGACGGGCCUCCAGUCCACAUCGCAUUGGGUGCACACGUACGCGCUCACGCUCAAGAAGCGAGAUUCCACGGGAGCGGGGAUGACGGUGACGUUCACGCCAUCGUAUCCACCGGCAGCGGACAGCAUCGCAUAUGCGCACGUGUUCACGUCGCUGGAGGAGAACACCAUGUAUGAUGCGAGUGUGCGGGCGGUGAGCUGUGCCGGAACAGCGACGAGCGCCAUUGUUUCGCGACGAACGAGCAAGAAGAUUGUCAUCGACGGAAACGCGAACGACGUCGUGUACGUGUACGCCAAGUUCAAUAUCACAGAUGAGCGGAGUGUGCUGACUGUGCGCGGGUUCGACUUUGACAUCUUCUAUGCAGCGCUGAGCGUGACCCUUGAGACGCAACUUCCAGCAGGCGCCUCCCUGCCAAGGUCUGCGCUUGGAACAGUCUCGCUGACGUCUGUGGAGAAGACACAUCUUGUGCUGCACACGCAGAUCAACACAACGGAGGAAUACAGAGACGCAGUUCUCAGUGCGCUUCCGACCAUCACAACGCCGCCGUGCUUGUCGUCGUUUACGCAGAAGCUGUCGGAUUUUUCUUCCGAAUAUUCGCACUUUUGUGUCGUUCUUGCGUCAUCAUCUGCAAGCAGCGAGGACCUGACCGCAACGGAGCCGCCGUCGUCGACAUCGUCGAGCAGCGAGGACUGGAAGAUGCCCGUCAUCAUCGCCGGCGCAGCACUCGGAGGCGUGCUGCUGAUUGGCGUCGCCGUGUAUCUGGUGGUGCAGAUUGUGCGCAAUCACCGCCAGGAGAAACAGGAGCGCGAAUCCCGUGUGGACCUGGGACUUGAGCUCAGCCACGCCACCCUCUACUAA